AUGUCAAUACCUACCCAAGUGUAUCAAUGCAGAAAAUGUGGAUCAAGUCCUUUAGAAGUGUAUUUAUGCAAAUAUACCCCUUUUUCAAAUCCAUCAAUUUUCAUCAAAUCGCUAAAUAUACAAAUCACUCCCUCCAGACCCUUCGCUUCUCUGACCACUAUAGUCCUACCAGGUCCUGCACCACCAUGCAUGAUUUUUUCUCAGACUCAUACUUUCUGGCCCAGAACCAACACCCCCCUAAACCAAAUGUCGAAGGUCCAAAAGGUGUCAAUUCUCGGCAGGGAAUCCAUCCAUGUGGGUUUCGGCAUCCACAGCCAUAUUGUCGAGGAGACUCUCACCAAUGAGAAGUCCUCGACCUACGUCAUAAUCACAGAUAAGAACAUGGAAAAGACGGCCCCAUUCCAGAAUUUGGUGGCUGCCUUCAACGAGCAGCUUCCGGUGCUCCGUCCCGACGCUCGUCUUUUGCAAUACUCCGUUUCUCCGGGCGAAAACAACAAGUCUCGUGAGACCAAAGCUCAGGUGGAAGACUUCCUCUUGCUCAAAGGAUGCACCCGUGACACCGUCAUCGUUGCCGUUGGCGGUGGUGUUGUUGGAGACAUGAUCGGUUUCGUUGCUGCUACGUUCAUGCGUGGUGUUCGUGUUAUACAAGUGCCCAGUACGCUUCUCGCCAUGGUUGACUCAUCCAUCGGAGGAAAGACGGCCGUCGACACUGCGGUCGGCAAGAACUUCAUCGGUGCAUUCCACCAGCCCAGAUAUGUAUUUGUAGACGUAGCCUUUUUGAGCUCUUUGCCAGCUAGACAGUUCAUCAAUGGUAUGGCUGAGGUGGUGAAGACUGCUGCCAUCUGGAACGAGGCCGAGUUCACCAGACUCGAGAACUUCGCCAAGACAUUCAUUGCGACCGUCACUGCUGACGAAAUCGAUCUCUUGUCCAUUAAAGACGCCGUCGUGCAGACCGUCUUGGAGUCCAUCAAGGUCAAGGCAGAUGUGGUCUCCAAGGAUGAGAAGGAGUCCAGUUUGAGAAACUUGCUUAAUUUCGGCCACACCAUCGGCCACGCCAUCGAGGCAAUCGUCACCCCUCAAGCUUUGCACGGUGAGUGUGUUGCUGUCGGAAUGGUCAAGGAGGCUGAAUUGGCCCGUUACUGGGGUAUUCUCAGCCCAACAGCCGUGGCCAGAUUGGUCAAGUGCAUUGCCGCAUACAACUUGCCUACUACCAUUGACGACAAGAUCUUCCUCAGUGCCGUUGGCCACAAACGUCACUUCAUUGAGAACAACACCUUGUUGGACAAAAUGGCCAUCGACAAGAAAAAUGAUGGUUCCAAGAUCAGAACCGUCAUCUUGGAAGCCAUUGGCAAGUGCUACCAACUCAAAGCUCACGAGGUCUCCAAACAAGAUUUGAGAUUCGUCUUGACUGAUGAGACCCUAGUAUACCCAUUCAACAAGAGCGCCGUUCCAGCCGAGUCCGUGGUCGUCCCACCCGGCUCCAAAUCCAUCUCCAACAGAGCUCUUAUUCUAGCUGCUUUGGGUCAAGGCACAGUUCGUAUCAAGAACUUGCUUCACUCUGAUGACACAAAGCAUAUGCUUGCCGCCGUUGCUGCUUUGAAGAGUGCCGAAAUUUCUACCGAGGACAACGGUGACACCAUUGUAGUCAAGGGCAAUGGUGGUAAUUUGAUCACUUGUGAUGAGGAACUCUACUUGGGAAAUGCAGGUACCGCUUCUAGAUUCUUGACCACAGUUGCCUCAUUGGUUGGCAUCAACAAGGAAUCCAACGACUACUCCAUUCUCACAGGAAAUGCCAGAAUGCAAGAGCGCCCAAUUGGCCCUCUUGUUGAUGCCUUACGCGCUAAUGGAUCUGACAUUGAAUACCUCAACAACACUGGCUCUUUGCCAUUAAAGAUUAAGGCAGGCAAGGGUUUGAAGGGUGGCCGUAUUGAGUUGGCAGCAACCAUCUCUUCCCAGUACGUUUCUUCCAUCUUGAUGUGCGCCCCUUACGCAGAUGAAGAGGUCACUUUGUCUUUGGUUGGAGGCAAGCCAAUUUCGCAGUUGUACAUAGAUAUGACCACCGCCAUGAUGAAGGACUUUGGUAUUGAAGUCACAAAGUCUACUACCGAGGAGUACACCUACCACAUUCCUAAAGGUAUCUACAAAAACCCCGAGGUCUACGAGGUCGAAUCCGAUGCUUCGUCUGCUACAUACCCACUUGCAUUUGCUGCUUUGACUGGUACUUCUUGCACAGUUCCUAACAUUGGCAGCUCGUCUUUGCAGGGUGACGCACGUUUUGCUGUGGAUGUUUUGAAACCAAUGGGAUGUACUGUCAUCCAAUCUGCUACCUCUACCACUGUGACUGGUCCACCAGUUGGUGGCUUGAAGGCUUUGCCACAUGUGGACAUGGAGCCAAUGACCGACGCCUUUUUGACCGCUUCUGUUGUCGCUGCUGUUGCAAACGAGUCAACUCCAACACAAAUUACUGGUAUUGCCAACCAAAGAGUCAAGGAGUGCAACAGAAUUAAGGCCAUGGUUGAUGAAUUGGCCAAAUUUGGUGUUCAUGCUUCGGAAUUGCCUGAUGGAAUCUCUAUCAACGGAAUCUCAAUUGACAGCUUGAAAACUCCAUCCUUGGAGAACCACGGUAUCUGCACCUACGAUGAUCAUAGAGUUGCUAUGUCAUUCUCUUUAUUAGCUUUGAUGUGUAAGGACCCGGUUUUGAUCACCGAAAGAUCAUGUACCGGGAAGACCUGGCCAGGCUGGUGGGAUGUAUUGCACACCAAGUUCCAAAUCGAGCUUGAUGGAUACGAAGAGCCACUCGAUGUUAGUGAGCGUCAAUCCUUGGCCAGAAAAGCUAAGAAUGGCCAGAAGUCUAUUUUUGUCAUUGGUAUGCGUGCCGCAGGCAAGUCGACAAUCAGUAAGUGGAUGGCCGAGAGUUUGGGCUUUGAGCUUUUGGAUGUGGACACUGUCUUCGAGAAGUCCCAUGGUGACAUCAGAGAUUACAUCAAGGAGCACGGCUGGCCAAAGUUUAGAGAGAUCGAGGCUCAAAUGCUCAAGACCCUCCUUAAUGAAAACACAGUUGGUCACGUUAUCUCUACUGGUGGUGGUGUUGUUGAAAAUGCUGAAUCCAGAGACCUCUUGAAGGCUUACGCAAAAUCUGGUGGAAUUGUCCUCCAUUUGGAACGUAACUUGGACACCACAGUCGAAUUUCUCAACAGCGAUGCCUCGAGACCAUCUUUGCCUGGUGAGAUUGAGGAGGUUUGGAACAAGAGAAGAGACUUGUACCAUGACUGCUCAAACCAUUACUUGUACUCGAUUAGGUGGUCCGACUCUACUGAAGCUGCUCACUUGAAGAACACAUUCCUUGGCUUUUUGGAUCAUGUAACUGGCCAUGGUCAUGUUCCAGUGCCUCACAAAAGAUCUUUUGUCGUCUCUGUGCCAGUUAGUGAUGUCAACACAUACGCAAAGCAACUUCCAGAAAUCUCUCUCGGAUGUGAUGCUGUAGAGGUUCGUGCUGAUCUUUUCAAGGAGUACACUCCUUCGUUUGUGGCUAAGCAAAUUGCUCUCUUGCGUAAGUACAGCUCAUUGCCAAUUAUGUUCACAAUUCGUACUAAGAGCCAAGGUGGACAGAUUGAGGACAAUGACAAGCUCGUCGAAACCUUGUCUCUUUUAGCCAUCAAGUUGGGUGUUGCAUACUUGAGCGUCCCAUUGACAGAAAAGGAGAGUACUCUCAAGAAAAUUAUUUCUCAAAAGGGAUUCACCCAAUUCAUUGCUUCUUUUGUUGAUGCUUCUGGCGAGUUGUCUUGGACCGACCCUGAGUUUGACAACUUGUACAAUCGUGCUGUGACUAUCAACGCAGACAUUGUUCAAUUUGUUGGCAUCGCGGGCUCCCUUCAAGACAAUAUUGACCUCGAGAAAUUUAGAGCCUCUCACACUGACAUUCCUCUUAUUGCAUACAACAGAGGCGAGCAAGGUAAGUUGUCAAAGAUCAUGAACAAACUUUUGACACCUGUAUCAAAUCAAAUCAUUAAGGAGCAACCAGAGUUCGAGUUUACCGUUGUUGAAAUCAACAAGGCUUUCGGCGACAUCGGUGGUUUCUUCAGAAACAAGUUCGCGGUUGUUGGCUCUCCAGUCUCUCACUCCAGAUCUCCAUUCUUGCAUAGCGCUUUGUACAAACAGUUAGGACUCCCUUACGAGUUUUCCACAUACGAAUCUGACAAUGCAGACGAGGUGUUCGAAAAAUUGAUGUCUGCCCCAGACUUCGGAGGAUUGGCUGUUACCAUUCCUUUGAAAUUGGACAUCAUGAAGCACGUGGAUGAGCUCUCUGAGUCUGCUCAAGUUAUCGGUGCAGUAAACACUGUGGUGCCUAUUGAUGGUCAAAAUGGCAAGUUCCGUGGUGACAACACUGAUUGGUUUGGAAUCACAAACUCCUUUACUAGAGCCGGCUUCUCUUCUCUGGAUUCAGCAGUGAACGGUUUAGUCAUCGGAAGCGGUGGCACAGCUAGAGCUGCUGUCUAUGCUUUGAAGCAAUUAGGUUGUCAAAAGAUCUACAUGAUCAACAGAACUGUGUCAAAGUUGACACCAAUCAAGGAAUCCUUGCCUGACUUCAAUAUUGAGAUUCUCGAUUCCGCUGAAGCUGUUGCUUCUGCAGAGCCAGUUUCUUUGGUUGUGUCUUGUGUUCCAGCUGACAAGCCACUUGACGAGACUUUGGCUCAAAACUUGAACAGUUUGUUGACCGCAAGUGCUCACACAACCAACUGCCACUUCUUGCUUGAUGCUGCCUACAAGCCAAGAGUUACCCCGGUAAUGCAAAUGGCCGAGAAACUUGGAUGGGCUGUCAUUCCAGGUGUUGAGAUGUUGGUUAACCAGGGUGUUCUCCAGUUCGAGAUCCACACUGGGUUUUCGGCUUCUUACCACGUCGCUCACGACGCUGUUUUUUCCGAGUAA